GCUACAACCGCUGAGUCCGGAAGCUUACCCACCAUAGACGUGCUGGCGAAGGGAAUACAGCAGCUUCAGGAACUACAAGCACAAGCCUUAGCAAAAGGGACUACGUCAACCAUGUCCACAGAGCUUGUUAAGCCAGGGACGUCAUCUUUGGCUCCGCUACCAGAGUUGAAGGGAGGUUGUGAUGCAGCGCUGGCUUUUCAGGACUGGCUAGAGGUGUCAUCUUCGGUGCUUGCGGAUGUGAGUGAGGCGAGCGGUGUAUGGUGGUGCUCAGUGAUGGAUGUGGUAAACCAGACUUAUGAGAGAUGGUUGAGAUCUACGCCACUUGAGCGGCUGAGCGUCGUUCCACAGGGAGCAGAGAAGCUGUCGGAAGGACGAUGGUCAAGGCUGAAUGCCCGUGUGGCCUCCAUGUUGCUUGCCGCGAUGUCAGUGGAGAUGAAAACAGAGAUGGUGGCGCAGCGAUUGUCCCAGAGCUCAGUGCAAAUGGUCUACCGGUUACACACGUUGUUUCAGCCAGGCGGGUCUGCAGAAAGAUCCGAAGUGCUACGGAGGUUGCAAAAUCCAAGGGAUCACUUGACUGGUGACUCCGUGGAAGAAGUGCUCAAGGUGGUGAGGGCUUGGCCGCGGUUGUUAUCCAGAUGCCAGGCGGUCAACAUGAGCCCCCCGGACGCCUCAGUGCUGGCAAAGGGCUUGAUGAACCUCACUGACCGCUACAUCAACCAGUCCACCGAUGCGGCAUUCAGGACCUCAAUGCUACGAACUACACUCAGGUUGGAUGGACAACCCACUCUUGAGAGUGUACAGGGUUACCAAAGACACCUACAAGCGGAGCUGGAAACAAUGAUAUCCAGCUCUAUGGGAUCGCCGGUUCCUGUACCGAAGAUCAAGGCAGUGGAUGGAGCAAUGCAGGCCAAGGCUCGUGAUGCAGGUGGACGAGGUACAAGUUCUGGCGAACUAUGCAAGUAUUUCGCAAAAGCCUCAGGAUGCCGACGAGGAGAUCGCUGCACAUACAGUCAUAGCAUGUCCUCCAUGGAUAAAGAGACUCGGGCGAAAAAAUGCCUGCGGUGCGGGUCAGAGGCGCAUCGGCAGCGCGAUUGCACAGCAGGAAAGCCUCAGUCCAAGGGGGCAGGGAAGGACCAAGGUGGCGGAAAGCCGCCAACAACCCCAAGUACUAUGGCUACGGUGGCUACAACGAGCUCUACGGCAUCGACUCAAGCAGAUCCGGUCCAAGGUACGCCGUGGACUAUUGAGACGCUUAUCCAGGCUGCACAGCAAGUGGUUCAGGGUCAGUCCACCGAGCAAUCUAGAGAUCAGUCUCCGGAGAAAACUCGGCCAGAGAUGAAGGUGCUUAAGCUACGGGACAUUCGAGUGUGUUCCAUGAUGGAGACUACUACGGCGCUUCUGGACAGUGGUGCUACUCACAGUUUACGAAGGGCGGCAUCUACCAGUGAAUGGGAAAGCGCAGAGGAAGUAGCAGUUCAGCUUGCGGGAUGUCACCAGCUCACUAUGCGCAUCACGUCGGCAGGAACUCUGCUGAUGCCACCCAGAGUGUCGUCUACAGCUAUGGAUCUUCCCGAACCACAAACUCAGACUAUAGUUCCGAUGGGGAAGCUUAUAGAAACCCUUGGAUACACGAUGGUGUGGAAGCCAGGGGAGUGUGUGUUGUGGUCUCCAGAAGGUGAUCCCGUGCAGCUACAGGUCGAAGGUGGUUGUCCGCAGAUGAUGGAGCUGGAAGCACUUUCUCUAAUCGCUCGGUUGGAGGAUCGCAAGUUGGAGCAGCUGAAGAAUGAGACGUUGACUACAAGGGACAAGCUGGGAGUUUCGGCUAUGGCAAUGGAAAAGCACUGGAACCACUAUCUUUAUGACUAUGUGGCUACUGGUUCGUUUGAGUCAGGUCUACGAGCCGUUCGUGAUGCUCCGUUCUUUGAGGACCUUCCAGGCGAGUGCAUUUCUGGGAUGGUGCCUAGUGGAGGAUUGCGCAAUGGGUGGGACAUCUUCAAGUUGAAUGGGUUUCUUACUCGAGCGCAGCGACGAAAGGUCAUGGGUAGCAAGAGAUGGGUGGUUCAUCUCUUUGCCGGAGAUGUUGGUCACUGGGAGGUACUCAAGCUGGACCAAGGCGAAACUUCAGUGAUCGAGCUAGACUUGGCUCGAUGUGGUGGUCACGAUAUCUUGCGUGACGAGACUUGGCGAAUGCUACUGUGGGGAGCAAAGACAGGAAAAGUGGAUGUGGUUAUGGGCGGUCCACCAGGUCGAGCCCUACAGCACUGCAAAGGUGGUGAUCGAGAUGCGAAGUCUUUGAAGCUGAUUGCUCGGAUGAUGUGGUUGUUUGCUGUGGCCCAAGUGGGUCGCGAGUUGAACAGCACUGGAGUCAAUAAGAACCGAGAUGUGGGCUUUAUGAUUGAGUACCCAGAAGGUAUCCCUGCAGCCAUGCGUCGUGACCGUGAGCAACGAGUGCAACAGGCCGAGGAGGAGGUGCAGGUUCCUGGUAUGAGCCCUACGGUUGCGUCCUGGGAAGAGACUAGACGCUUCUGGGAUCAGGUUCAGCGGCCUCGAUGGGAAGACUAUGUGGGUCACGCUACGGUGAAUGCUGGGGUUAGCUUCUGGGAUACGAGGAUGUGGAAGGCGUUUCAACGUGAAGGGCCUCUAAGAACCAUCUCGUUUGAUCAGGGUGCAAUGGGUGGACCUUCAAGGAACAGAACAACCAUAGGCACCAAUAUGACAGCCCUGGUAUCUUUGGAUGAAGUUCGACUACCUGAAGAUGAUCCCGCUCCACUAUAUAGCGAUCAAGAUCAUGUAUGGGCUCCGGGACUGGUCCAAGCAAUUGUCGUGGCGCUAAACUUCUGGCAGAGAGAUCCCCGAUGUGUGCCACGUCUACAUGCUAUGUCACCUACGCAGUGGAAGCAGCACGUUAAAGACAACCAUGCCACUUACCGAAAGGACUGUGCAACGUGUGUUAUGUCUCGAGGAGUUGGACGACAGCACCGACGAGUUCAUCAUCCAGAGGCGUAUGUGUUAACUGCGGAUGUGGCCGGGCCACUAAGUCCAGGACUUGAUUCAGGCUCGAAAGGGACUAUGGGUAAGAAUCUACGAUAUUUGCUUGUCGCGAAGUACGUUGUCCCCAGGCAGUUCAUUGAGCAGUAUGCAGGUCGUCUUCCACCCGUGGGUGAUGGAGCAGAUAUAACAACGGGAGCUGACUGCCCGGAGAACAAAGGGGGCAGCAGCAAGGACCUGGCAUUAUCGGAGCAGCAAGACAAGGAUAUGCGCGAGCUGUUUGGUGACCCCGAGUCGCCGGAUGGACCAAGAGAUGUGGUUCCUCAUGUUGAAGUCGUUGGAGCUACAGGAGAGGACUAUGAUGGAAAAUUGGAUGUGGCUGAUGAUGACGAGUAUCAGCCCUCAGAGCCCCCUGAUGAUGGAGAAGAUGGAUGCAAUGAUCCGGAUGAUGCGCCGGACCCUCUUAUGCAGAAUGGAGACUGCGUCCCACCGGAGAUGACCUACUUGACCUUUGCCAUGGCCUUACCGAACAACAAGGGUGCUACAGUAAAGCGGGCAUUACAAGAUGCGGUGUUAUACUUACAAUCGCAUGGACUACCGAUAUAUCGUUUUCAUGCAGACAAGGGUGAGUUCUUCAGUCAUGGUUUCCGCAACUGGCUUCGUGAUCUUGGAGUCUUGGGAACCUGGUCAGAACCAAGUGUACCGCAAGGAAAUGGCAGAGCGGAGGCUACAGUUCGAUGGGUCAAAGACAGAACUCGGACGCUUCUCCAGUCGGCUAAGCUCCCACUGCGACUGUGGCCAAUGGCAGCAGCAACCGCGACGGCGGAGCAGAGGGCUAAGGUGCUUGGGUGGAAAACCCAUUUGGCGGCUCCGUUCGGUGCGGUGGUGCACCUACGAAAAAAGGCGUUCGAUAAAGCUGGACCACUUCGGCGAGAGCUGGGGUUGGAAAGCAAGUGGGUGAUGGGUCGAUAUGUGGGACUCAGCUCAAUUGUUCACCAUGGUCAUGUUGUGUACAUUUCAGCGACUGAGGAGGAGCCCGAGAAGUUCUUACAUACAAUGCAUGUCCGUCCAAACUUGGUUGAUCCUGGAAUACCCCAAGAAGAGUUUCGUGGCGAGGAGAACCCAAAGCCCAGGAGGAGAGUUCCGGAAAAGAUGGAUCCAGAAAGGAUAGAGAUGAGGGAGGCACGUGUUCACUCUGCGGACGUGAUCACUCAGGCAACAAAGGGAGCAGAGCAAGUUCUCGAGGAGUGGACUAUGAGCCGGGCAUUGGCGUUAGUGACGGGACUCGCAGAUGAGGGUUUUUUCGGCGCAAGGAAGUUCGGAGUUUACCGACAUGGAGGAACAGUGGGCUGGCUUACUGGCUUAAAAGAAUUCCCCGCGCUGACCAAGGUUCUGGCGAGGAUCGUCGUGGAAGUGGAUCCAGAAGCUGCGUUUACGUCUAUACUGGUUUCGCACAAUACAACUAGAGCAAUGCACAAGGACUUUAACAAUGACUACCACACAAAGAACUAUGUGGUGCCGGUAGCUUGCCCAGACAGUGGGGGUGAGUUGUGGAUAGAGCUGAAGUCAGGUGAUGUUGUGUGCGGCCCUAUUGAGAAGCGUGACGUGGGAAAGCAGGUGGUGUAUGGCCAGCUGCGUGGGCUUCUACCAGGCGAAGGUUUCUCGUUUGGACCACAGCGAUAUCAUGAGGUGUGCAGAUGGACUGGAGCGAGGACAGUGAUCAUUGCGUACACACCCAAUUGUCUGGGGAAGUUGGAUCAGUGUGAUUUGGAGAUGCUGCACGAUCAUGGUUUUCCUGUUCCGUUGUCACAGCUUCCUGAGUAUUAUGGGUGCAGUGGUGGAUUGGAGGAAUCUCCGCAAAUCGCAGCUGUAAUUACAGAGGACAGUCAGGCGAAGGAAUGCAAUGAGGACUCAGACUGGUCGUUGUAUUUGGACUUAGAACCUGGUACAGUCAAGAUUGCGGAUGCCCUUAAGAAUGACUUCGGUGGUCCACAAGUACAAAAGGUUGAAGUCAGCUAUACCAGAAAUAUUGAGAAAAUACUUGCUGGUUUGACGAGCCCUUUGGAUGUGACGCAUACAGUACACCCAGAUGAAGUGGCGGCCUGUUUGGAGCAGUGGCGUCCAGCUAUUCUCAAGGAGGUUGCGGGCAUCGAAGGUGCUAUUGAGAAGUUACAUCCUGGGACAGAGGCUCGGAAAAAAUGGUUGAAUACCCCUGGAGUACAGCGAUUACCCACGAAGUUUGUUUUUACAGUAAAGCCGAAUGACAAGGCGGACCUACAGAAACCGGAAACUUGGUACAAGCGAAAGGCAAGACUUGUCAUAUGCGGAAAUUUCGCAGUGAAUGAUGGGUCGCAGGUUUAUGCCGAGACAGCUCCCGCUGAAGCUGUCCGAGCAGGACUGGCGAUGUCAAGUCGCAAUCGAUGGUGCAUAGCCAUUUUAGAUGUGGUGGCUGCGUUCCUGAGAACACCCCUGGGACGAUCGGUCAAGGAUCCGGUUGUGAUCGCACAACCCCCGAGGCUACUAGAGGUCUUGGGGAUCUCUGCGAAAUUGGAACUGUGGGGUUUGCUGAAGGCCCUAUAUGGCCUCAGAGAGGCUCCUAUGUUGUGGGGAAGUUUCCGUGAUGAUACGCUACAGGACCUUAACACUCCACAUGGGUUGAAGUGGAAGCAGGGCAAAGUCGUUACAUCCUGGUGGUCAGUUCUUGAUACAAGUGGAGACAUAGCUGCUAUAGUGGUGGUGUACGUGGACGACUUCAUGAUUUGUGGGCCACGGGAGAUUGUCACGGAGCUUGGAAAGGCGGUCAGGGAUGUUUGGGAGACGUCUGAGCUCACGUUCCUGGGUCCAGAAAGCCCAAUCAGGUUCCUUGGCAUGGAGCUACAGCGUGAGUCUGAAGAUGCAGAAGAAAUCCUGGAUCGCAUCCCCAUUACAAAGGAGCUGGCAGCUAUUCCCAGUGUUUCAGAGGAGGAGGAUAUAGGGACAGUUCGCGACGCACAGCAGGCCCUGGGCUAUUUGCAAAGGACGAUCAACUAUAGCAUGGUCGUGAAGUGGUCACCAACAGGGCUGGUCAUGUUUUCAGAUGCAUCCUAUGCACCUCAGGGAUCGCGCUCGCAUGGAGGCUGGGUUGUGACCUACGGAGGGGUCCCAAUAGCGUGGAGAAGCAGCCGUCAGAGCAUGAUUACGUUGAGUACCGCGGAGGCGGAGCUGUUGGCUCUGCUGGAUGGAGCAGUGGCGGCAAAGAGCACGGAGGCGAUGAUAGCAGAUGUUGGGGAGCAUGUGGAGUCUAGGCGGGGUGGCUACAAGAACAAGUCACCAGCGGGUUGUUUGAGGCACUACUACAGUGGUGGUCAAUUGGUGAUAAAGGACAUCGACGGCGGAUUGCAGAUAGACUGGGACACGGCAGGUUUGUUGAUGAUUCUGCUGAUGGCAUUGGGAGUAUUGCUGAUCUAUGAAGGUGUGAAGUGGUCAAUGACUGAGCUGUACAAUGAGUGGAUGCCAUCGAGAGGGAGCUCGAAAGGCUGCAGCAAGAAGGUUUUGGACAUGAUGGAAGAGAGACCUGUGGGGCUCAUCAGACAAGGGGAGCUACGUCGACAAGAGUGUCUGGUAGAAGAGAAGAGUACGAGAGGAUGCAGCGAGGAGAUCUACGACCGAAGCAGCCCACGAAGGCAAGAAGUUUGUCACAACGAACCCCGAGUCCUAGAGUCAGUCUUGGAGCAAUCACUACAGCGAUGCGGUCGCCAGGAAGUGAAGAAAGGGCUAAAGGAUGAUUUGUCGAAGCGUUUGGGAGAGAAGCUCUCGCAGAUUUCGAUGUCUGAUACGGGGCCGACCAUCCGCCAGCUUCGCUAUGUUCUGUGGCUAUACCGAGAUCGUGAUCUCUCUUGGAAGCAUACGUUGAGGUAUCAUGAGAUCGUCGACCGUAAUCGCAUCAGUGCGCUGAUCCAUGCCUUAAAGUCCAAGUAG